UCUCUUUUUCACUCUCUCACUUUGCUGCUUAUUUUAUACACAAACAUUUUUAUCCCAUUUAUCACAUCACAAACAAAACAAAUCAGUUUACCUGUUGUAAGUUACUUGCUGUUCAAAUAACAGGAAACACGAUACUUUUACCAUUUACAUGAUAAUCGUGCUAACGUGUUUUCAUCAUUGAAUUAAUGUUAAUUAUUGUUAUUAUUAGAAUUGUUCUGGAAGAAAAAAAGUUCUGAAGAAACAAAAUCAGAACUUGAAACUUUCAUCAUUGAUCUUUAAGGAGUCAACCCAAUAACUUUACUUUCGUUACAACUUUAACCAAUCAAACUGGUCAACCUAAAUCACCAUUGGUCAAUUGGAUUAACGGAAUCAUCGUUGUGAUUGAAUAUUCAUCAUGUGUCCAUUUGAACCUUGAAUUUAUAUUUCGAGGGUAAACAAAAAUAACGGUAAUUUUGUUUUGUUUUUCUUGUUUCUUGUUUCUUGUUUUCGUAAUUAAAACUUCAAGUGUUGACCUGAGACUGACCGGUUUAAGGAACUGAACCUGAUUAAGAUCAUCAAUAUCAUCACAAUAUUAUUAUAAUUGUUGUUUUGUGGCUCAAGUGAUUUAAUCAAUUUGAUUGAUAAAAUAGAAAACAAGUAACCAAGUUAAUUGCAGUUUCCAAUAUCUGGUGAUUUAUCCGGUAUAUAAAUCAUUGAUUAACUGAAUUAAGGAUUACCAAUCAAUCGGAUUAAGACAUUUUGGAUUACAUCUUGCCGGAUAGAGAAACAAAAAAAUGAUCACCUUGAUUCAUAUUAAUGGUCCAUCAUCAUCUUCAUCACCAAUUUCAACAACUGAAUCAGAGGAUGAAGGUUUCUCUGAAAAUAGUUCAUUAACUGGUGUAACAAUUAAGGGACCUUCAGGUAGUGUCCGAGGGAUUAAACAUUGUGUCCGUCAAAGUAUUAAAAGUUAUUAUGAGAUUAUCACUAAUCAAGAUAACAAAACUCGAAACUAUCUGAAAGAAGAGAGAAACAAAUGUGUCCUCUAUUCGACGACUUUGGGAAUUGUUCGAAGUACAUUCGAUAAUUGUCGAACUAUGAGAAAAAUUUUAUUCUCGAACUUGAUUAUGUACGAAGAACGAGAUGUCUACCUUAAUGGUGAUUUUCGAGAUGAACUAAUUGAGAGAUUGGGACAAUUAAGAAUACCUUCACUCUUUGUUGAGGGUAAAUACUUAGGAGGAGUUGAACUGGUCGAGAAACUUAACGAAUCGGAUAAACUAAUGGACAUUCUGGUCAACUUUAGGAUUCCCGCCACAGCAUCGGCCAAAUAUUUUCAAGUGUGUCCAUGUUGUGGUAAUGCGAGAUUCAUCCCAUGUAAUACCUGCAAUGGAUCAAAAAAAUCACUAAUCCAUCAUUUCACCAGUGAUUCAAUUACCUUAAGAUGCUCCCAGUGUAACGCAACUGGACUGGUCAAGUGUACCAAAUGUGAUCCAACAACUACUGGACUUACAGAUGAUAAUGUCCCACAAACUAAUCCAAAAAUGGAUAAAGAUACAAAUCCAUCACUUCCGCUUCCUAUUACACCUUUACCACCUUCAUCAUCUUCAUCUUCAUCUUCAUCGUCCUCAUCAUAAGCAACCAAUGUGAUUGAAAAAUUAGACUAAUCAAAUCAAAUUAAAAUCAAUAACUUCCUAGCAAUUAAAACUAAUCAUCUAACUACUACUACUAAUCCUGCAUUCUAAUCAUCAAUCAACUCUAAUUGUAAGA